GUCCGCACGGCAGGCUCCGUCGCGCUCCCCGCGGGAGGGACAUUAGCGGGCAGCGCCACCUGCCGGACGCGCUCAUGACCGCAGCCGGGCCCCGCCAUGGAGAGGCUGGCGGAUCCCGCUCCAAGCCGCUCACCUCUUUCCUCAUCCAGGACAUCCUGUGCCUCGGGGGCCAUCGAGCCGGGCUUGGGUGUCCCCCCGAGGAAGACGGCAGAGCGGGUGCCCCCCUUGAAGCCGCCCCCGAAGCUCGGGAGGCAUCGGAGAGCCACGCUCCAGAUCCUCCUGUGGAAACCCCCGGGAACUCUCCCAGGUCCUACCCGCGGCCUCCGAAGCAGCAGAAGCGCUCACGGGCGGCCUUUUCCCACUCGCAGGUCAUCGAACUGGAGCGGAAGUUCAGCCACCAGAAGUACCUGUCUGCCCCGGAGCGCUCUCACUUGGCCCGCCACCUCAAACUCACCGAAACCCAAGUGAAAAUCUGGUUCCAGAACCGAAGGUAUAAGACCAAGCGGAAGCAGCUGGCCUCGGAGCUCGGCGGGUUUGAGAAAAACUCUGCCAUCCCAACAUACAAAGACACCACCUUCUCCCGAGCAGCCUUGGCCCUGUCGGUGUACCACAGCUACCAAUACCAUCCUUAUUUAUACUGUCUCAAUGGCUGGACUCCUGUUUUUUGGUAACUCAUCUUGAACAACCGAUUAGACUCGAAAAGAUCAGUGAUCGCCAUCCAAGUUGCUUUGCAUCCAUGCUGUGCCCAUCUAGAACUCUAAGUUACAAAAUUUGAAAUUCUGUUCCUGCUUUGAAAGUAUUUUUCCUGUUUAAUUGUGCAAAGUGAUUGUUCUUACUUUGAAAGUACAGUAGAGUCUCACUUAUCCAAGCUAAACGGGCCAGCAGAAGCUUGGAUAAGCGAAUAUCUUGGAUAAUAAGGAGGGAUUAAGGAAAAUCCUAUUAAACAUUAAAUUAGGUUAUGAUUUUACAAAUUAAGUACCAAAACAUCAUGUUAUACAACAAAUUUGACAAAAAAAGUAGUUCAAAACGCAGUAGUGUUAUGUUGUAAUUACUGUAUUUACGAAUUUAGCACCAAAAUAUCAUGAUGUAUUGAAAACAUUGACUACAAAAAUAGCUUGGAUUAGCCAGAGGCUUGGAUAAGCGAGGCUUGGAUAAGUGAGACUCUACUGUAGUUGUUCUACUUCAGAAACUUCAUUUUUGUGUCACAAACUAUGUUGAAUCGUUUGAGACUCAAUGAGAUAUUCAUUAAAAAAACUAGAGCAAAAUGUACUGCAGAAUAUCCCUCCUGCAAAAACCAACUUUCCCCAUGUUUUUGUGAUAGAAUCAAUUCAGAAACAACAUUUAUAAGCCAGGAACAAAAAUAAUCUUACACAGUUUAAUUGGCACAAUCCUUUUCCCUCUUCUGCCUUGGACUCACAGAUUCGAACCGCCAACCUUUAGGCCAGGAACCCAACCUUUAGGUCAGCAGUUCAGCAGGCCCAAGGAUUUAAUCCACCGUGCCACUGCGGUGGCUUCAGGAUCAGAUCCUGGAAUAUUUAGGGCAGUGUAGGAGUGAGUGCCCACUGUUAGCUCCAGCUUCUGCCAACCUAGCAGUUCAAAAACAUGCCAAUGUGAGUAGAUCAAUAGGUACCGCUCCAGCAGGAGGGUAACAGUGCUCCAUGCAGUCAUGCUGGCCACAUGACCUUGGAGGUGUCUACUGACAACGCUGGUUCUUCGGCUUAGAAAUGGAGAUGAGCACCAAUCCCCAGAGUCAGACAAGACUGGACUUAAAGUCAUGGGAAACCUUUACCUUUACCUUUUAGAAGGGGCUAUGGAGUCAUAUAAUGCAGUUCAACUUAGUUAAACUGUAUUAUGAAACAGCAUUGUAUGGGGCCCAAAAGCAUUCCCACACCUUUAAGCUGAACUGAACUUGCUGAGCCAUACUGUAUUGUUUUGUUUGUUUGUUACAUAAAUGUUUACUAAAAGAUUGCCAACUGAUCAGGGUUGGGUUUUUAUUUUUGGUUGAUUAAUCCCUUACCUUUGGAUCAAUCAAUUUAAAUCAAAAUGCCUGUUUAUAGUGCCCACAUCUCAACAAAAGUGCCUUCUUUGGCUGUUGAAACGUGUUGCCAUUGAAUAAAUGAUUUUGUACUUUCA